GAAUUUAGGUGCUAUCUGGAUUAUGAUGAAACUACAAUGCUCAAAGACAAGGACUUGAUCCUUGUCACCGACUCGAAGCGAGAUCCACAGCAAGGACAAUGCAGAAAAUGUGGAGCGCCAGUAGGAAUGGACGCUCCACAGCUCCCGCUGCAGUCGCACACGACUGCACCGCCCACACAACCCCAUCAUCAUUACCAGGCCAUAUCAUCAACUGCUCCUACCCUGCAGCGUGCAGUACAAGUGCAGCACGCCCCACCGACCGAGCGACAAGCCGCGGCGCUGCACACCUUCAAGUCCGCGGCCGACGUUCCGAACACAUUUAGGAACAGGACUGUGCUGUGGCUCAAUCGUGACAUAAGCCAGUAUACCCUGUACCCUGGGAAACUGUAUGGUGAAGCAGCUCGUCUACUGGUGCUGCGUUAUGGCCAGCUCCGUGACGCUGUUGGAUAUGACUCGUGCAGCGCGCACUUCGAUUCAAAGCGAAGUACGAGAGGAGAAAAAUGCACAACAUAGAAGACGUCAAGGCCCACAAGAUGAAGUACGGUAAAAGAGUUAUUGCGCAGUCACCUAACGCGAAGCACAUCUGCAGAGACUCUAAUCUUCCAGAAGUUAUUACGGGACCAGAGUCUGAUUUUUGUAUUGCUGGUCACAUCGAGUGGAUGGACAGUGAAUUGAAGAAGGUCUGUCCAGACAUAGAAAGGGCAUCUGAGUCUAUGAAGACAACAUUUGAAAGCAGGCGAUUGUGGUUACGAGAGCAGAACCCAUCGGUAGGUGGGAUUCUAGAAAGGUACCCAGCCCUUGCAAGACAGGAUCGGAUCUUUGAAGAGUUUGCUCGAAUCAGCAGUGUCGACCCUCAACAAAAGCUCUAUGAAAUAGUGGACCAGUACCGUGAUUCCCGUUGUGCAACUCUCAGUCGGCAACAGGGCUCCACCGUUAGUUGGUCAGCAUAGUUGGUCUGCAUGCUGCAAAUUUCUGCUCCGGUGAUGCCAAGAGAGAAGACAGCGGUGGGAUUCUUGGUGCCGAUCGAUAGUGUCUUGCACCUGCCACGUGAUGCCACAGCCAACUGGAGUUACUGGCUCUCACACAAACCCUAAAGCACCGAAAGAUUCCACAUGAAACCCAGCUGAAACAUGGAACAAAAAACAAUACAAGUAAGAAGACGUUUCCUCCUCGCACAGGACGAUGAGGCAGGCUUGCCAUUGGCUGUCCUGACGCAAUGUGGGCCGUCCUU